UGCUCGGUCCUGUGCAGCAGCUGGCCCCAUAUAGGUUUCCUGCGCCACGGCCUGGAGUGGCCCCUGCAGCCCUUAGGAACCUGCUCGCCCACGAGGACACCCUGACCCCAUCUGAGUCAACCAAAGCUGCCCAGGGACACCAGGGCACCCUUCUGUCUGCUCCAGGCAAAGCCACCAGGACCUCUGCAAGCAGCUGGGUUGGGGUGGAGAAUCAGCCCCCACAUGAUUCUGGGAAAACCCACACACCACACACAUAUGCCACACACACACCACACAAACACAGAUACACACACACCACACACAGACCACACAAACACCACACACACACACACCCCCCACACACACAAACACAUGCACACACCACACAAACACACAUACACAUACACCACACAAACACACAUGCAGACACGCCACACACCACACAAACACAUACACACACACCACACACACACACCAUGCAAACACCACACAUCACACAUACACACCACACAAACACACAUACACACACACCACAUAAACACACACCACACACACACACCACACACACACACAUACACACCAUACAAACAUAUACACACACCACACAUACCACACACACAUACACACCACACAGACAUACCACACACACCACACACACAUACACUACACGCCAUGCACCUGUGCCACACACACACACACCACAUACACAUACAAUGCAUACAAACAUCACAUAUACAUUCACCACACACACACAUAAAACACACAUACCAUCCAUACCCACACCCAAACCACACACUAUGCACAUAUGCCACACACACAACACACACAUAUACACCCAAACACACCACACAUCACACACCCACAGCACACACCCAUACCACAUACAUACAUAUAUACAAAUAUCACACACAUACACUGCACAGCACACACAGAUGCCAAACCACACGCCAUAUACAUACACAUACAAUACACACCACACCAACACCCACACUCACAACCACACACCACACACAUACCACACACCACACACACCACCCAUACCACAUCCACACACACUACACCACACACACACCACAUACCACACACAUACACAUACACCACACCACACACCACAUUCAGACCACACACUACACACCACACCCACAACAUACCACACACAAACACAUACAGCAAACACCACACACAUACACCUAUAUCACACACCAUACCACACACCACACACCCCCGCCACUCCACAUCCACACACACCCACACACACACACCUGCAUGCACACACCACACAUGCACAUACAUCACACAAUGCACACACCUACACGCCACACCCACGCUACACACAUCACACACCUACCAAACACAUCACACAUCACAAUGUACACAUAUGCCACACACACACAACACCCAUACUGCUCACACCACACACCUACCACACAUACCACAACCAUAAAACAUGCAUUCACAUACACUUCACACACCACACUCACCACACAUAUACACACCAUACCACAAAUACACCUACACACACCACACCUGUACCACACACAAACAUAUCACAUACACCACACCACACACAUACACUCUACACAUAUGCACAUGCACAUCACACACAUUCACCCACCACACCCUCCACACACUACACACAUACACACCAUACCACACACAAUAUACACACAGCACACUCAUAUAUACCACACACAUAUACACGAAUCAUACACACCACACUCACCACUCAUAUCAAAAACACACUACACACAGCACAUCCACACCACACACAUCAAAACACAACACACACUCCCCCCUUAUCAUUUAUAAGCAGCUACAGAGUUGUUUCAACUGCGAGCAAACCAUGACUGGGAGGACUGGAAGGAAAUUCUCCACCGUGGCCCCUCACUGACUUCUCCUUGGGGGGCCUCUCCAGACUCAUGUUUCUCUUUCUGCU